GCAAAGCAAACGACGGAAGAAUUGUGGUAGCUUAAAAACUACAGAUUUUUUUUUUGUAACACCUUCCGCGGACUAGAGUCCUAGAGGUCAGUGAGUGUGGGUCAUACAAAGGGCAGGGGGGCUAUUGCCCUGGCUUGGAGAACGAGCUCUGUAUCCGCCCCAGGUAGCAGCUUGUGUGGCGCUGGGAUCCUGCAGCGGCUUGUGGACCGGGAUUCAGCGCCAGGCAUGAGUUUGCACCGGCAAGCUCGCCCGGGAUACUCAGCAUCCCUCGCCAUACUCACAACUUAUUCAACACACGCACCAUACAGCGAAUUGGACUGAAGUAGGUAGCGCCUGAAGAUCGCGGCACAGCUAGCACACCGAGGGAUCUGUGUGCGGCUUUGGUCUCCCCCCUCUCUUCACCGGCAGCAUUAAACCUAGCAAAAUAAGCAGAGAACGCAGCAAGGAGUCUGGUGGCACCUUAAAGACUGCUUUAUCAGGUGUCCGAAAUGUUUUCCUCAGGUAGCAGAUAAACAGGACCUGGCUGAAGAAGCAGAUGGCUAAAGACCAUCUUGUUCUGUAAAGGGCAACAAAGUGAUGCACAGGUCUCCCAAUCUAAGAUAUUUCCUAAUCUCUGGAUGGGAAUGGCCAAGCCAUUCUCUCACUUGCUCAUUGCUGCAGCUCAGCAUCACAUUAGAACAGGGAAGAAGACGAAACUAUCCCACUCCAGCACUUUGAGACUGGCUGGGGAGGUGCUGGCUGUAGCUGCUGGCUUGAAACCUGCUUUCCUGUACGAUUACAAUUCGGCUGGAAUUCUGCAGAUCCUGAACUAUGUUCAGCAGCUCCAGUCCAUCAGUCAGAUUGGAUGCCGGCUACACAUCCUGAGUAUAGCUGAUAAUGUUCUGAUAAUCAACUUGGAAAUGAUGCAGCUAUGGCUGGAGAUGCUCUUGCUUCAGAAUAACAUCUCCUUCAUUGAUGUUUCUGCUUCCAGAACGUGCCCUGGUCUUUGUGACCCAGAAGUUGUGGGAGUCAUAAAAAGCCAUAUUUCUGACAUACUGGAUCAUAUUAAAGCAAUGGUAGCAGAUACAUCUCAGUUGCUUUCCUCCAGUGCAGUCUUUUCCACCGAAUGGAAUCUAUGCACUCUCUUUGGUGUUUUGCUGGGCUACCCAGCAUCCUAUAGCUUUCCUGCUCAGAAGAACUUUGAUAAUUGUCUUUCUCUGGUCCCACUGAGGGUCUUCACUGCCCAAGCAACACUCUGUAGAAUACACACUGAUUUUAAAGUUCCAUUUUAUUCUUUCAGUGUCCCAGAUAUCUUGUAUCCCAGCAUAAAAAUCGGUCUUGAUGCAUGGUGUGAAAAACUGAAAGAGGCUUUCAGAGCUCAGAAAGACUUUACAGAUCUUUGUAUUACAACUGAGGUUGUUACUCUAACAGCAGUGGCCUUGUAAAUUUGGGCUGUGAUCCGGAGGCACGUACAACUUUUGCUUCAAAGCAUCCAAGGGAACCACCACCAAAAGAAACAGAUGGGGUUGGGAAACAUAGUGUAGUUUUGGUUUCAGCAGUUUUCAGGCUAAACUGCUGUAGGGUCAGCCCUCAGGUAAGGUUUCUUAAGAAGGUGCUAAAUGCCUAUAGCUUUUAAAGGUUUUUCUGCACCUUGCCCUCUCUCUCAAUGAAAUGAACUCCACCCACAAAGAAUCCAGCUGGCUUUUACCAACCAGGAUGCAGGAUGGGUCUCCACUCCAGGGUGGUUAAGCAAACGUGUUGGAUUGCAGAAAAUACCAUUCCCAAAGUUGUAAGACUCACAGUUGUUGAUUGAUGUAGAGUCCUGUACUGCAUGGGGAAACCCAGACAGAUGCACUACUUUUUGUAACACAAGCCUUUAAUUAAAAACAGUCAAAGUCACACACCA